AUGAAAAAGCGUUUCUAUUCGUACUAUGAAGUGAAACCAAAGAGACGAAUAAAGAUAGUGACGGGUGGGGAGCUCUUCGAUCGAAUAGUGGACAGGGGAAGCUUCACCGAGAAGGAUGCAAGCGACUUGAUUCGCCAAGUCCUGCUCGCCACAGAGUACAUGCAUAGUCGUGGGGUCGUGCAUCGGGAUCUUAAAGACUCUCUUUUGUCUUCAGGUGCGGACAGCGAUUUUGAAGAUAAUGAAUCUGAAAAGAGCGUUUAUAUCAGAAAACGUCGAAAUGCUCUAAUACCUUGUGAAUUAUCAUUACGAAACGAUGAUGAUCCUAAAAUCAGAGAAGCGAUGGAAUACUUCUAUGGACCAGCAGACGAUAAAAGACUACGUAAUCCGUCUUAUUGUUCUACAGAUUCUCCUUGUUUCUCAUUUCAAGACCACGAUUUCCAGUAUCAGAAUGAAACUGAGUCUCAAAUUGAUUUAGAACCGCUGUUUCAAUCAUUACCUCAAAGUAAUUCCCAUAGUUCCUCCUCAGAUAAUGAUAAUGCCCGCAUAUGA